AUGGCUGGGCUGUUGGAUGUAUCACGUUAUGGCUGGGACGUCUACAUUUGCCGUCUGUUGUUCCUGAUGGUGUUGGUCUGCUGCUUCUUUCAACUAGGUCGAUGCAAUCUUACAGCCCUCCCUGUUGAUGGGAAACAUACGUCACAGAGCACAAUAUGGUCGCCUCACGAAUCUUAUCAGGCCAUCGAUGGAUAUGCGUACACCUUCUCGCACACUGAUAAUAAUGAUCCGCAUCCUUGGUGGCUGCUUGACCUAGGUAGCAAUCACAACUUGAGUAGAAUCAACGUCAUUCUCCGAAAGGAUAGCGGGGGUUUUCGCUUCACCGGGGCGAUAGGGCGAGCCGGACUGAGCCCCAACUUCACCGAGAACCUGCCGUGCGGCUCACCGGCUACCAGCGAACAGUCUCAGGAUGGAGCUGAGAUCCCAUUCCUGUGCGAGCCACCGCGGACGGCUAGGUAUAUCAGCUUGGACAUCGAUACUUCCAUGCCCGGUGUAGAUGCGGCACAGGCAUAUCUGCAACUUGCCGAGGUGACGGUGGAAAACGUCACGUCUGGAGAGGGUGCUGCCCUCCCUGUUUACGGGAAAACUACAUCACAGAGCACAACAUGGGACUCUCACCCUUCUUAUAAGGCCAUCGAUGGACAGACAGAUACCUACACACACACUGAUGAGAAUGAUCCGCAUCCUUGGUGGCUGCUGGACCUAGGUAGAAAGCACUGCUUGGGAAGAAUCACUGUCACUCUCCGGACAGAUGGAUGGGGUUUUCGUUUCAUCGGGGCGAUAGUGCGAGCCGGACUGAGCCCCAACUUCACCGAGAACCUGCCGUGCGGCUCACCGGCUACCAGCAACCAGUCUCAGAAUGGAGCCGUGAUCCCGUUCCUGUGCGAGACACCGCGGACGGCCAGGUACGUCAGCUUGGACAUCGAUGACAGCAUGCCCAGUGUUAAUCCGACAGCAGCUUUUCUGCAAAUUGCCGAGGUGGCGGUGGAAGAGUACACGUCUGGAGAGUGUGCUGCCCCUGGUUAUUUGGGAUGUUUUGGGGACGCUAAAGAUCGUUCCCUAACGGUCGGUCCUGCGAUAGAAUACAAUGAGCAGUCGGUAGAGUGGUGCUUCAGAAACUGUUUGGAACGUACCGAGUAUAAAUAUGCGGGACUGGAAUUCGAACACGAAUGCUGGUGUGGGAAUGAAGACUACGAUAAACACGGUAAAGCGCCGGAUUCCGAUUGUCAAGAUUUGUGCACCGGAAACAGCGACCAGAUCUGUGGAGGCGAUUGGCUCUUAUCCGUGUACAGAGUAUCACAAGGAGUGUGUAGUAACGACAUAGGACCACCCACCAACGGAGAGCACACCAUCACCAACCCGCGUUCACUGUCUUACAAUCUCAUCAACUUCAAGUUCUUCGGGACUAGUGUAGAUUUCUCCUGUUAUCAUGGAUAUACCCUCCAUGGAGCAUCCAGUAUUGAAUGCAUUGAGACUGGCUACAACAACGUCACGUGGAGUGACUCGGUACCAACAUGUGAAGAUAAUGUUUGUAGCAACCCAAACCUCUGCCGCAAUGGCGGCACAUGUAUCCCAGAGACCACCGGUAAUUUCUAUAACUGUUCCUGCCCCGCCGGGUUUAGUGGAGGGGAUUGCCAAAAUGAUGUUUGUAGCAACCCAAACCCCUGCCAAAAUGGCGGCACAUGUAUCCCAGAUACCAGCGGUAAUUUCUAUAACUGUUUCUGCCCCGCCGGUUUUAGUGGAGGUGAUUGCCAAACCGAUGACCCUUGCAUGUCCAACCCCUGCCAAAAUGGCGGACAGUGCAUGCCGCAAGCAGAAAACAUGUAUAACUGUACGUGCCAAAAUGGCGCCACGGGUAACAACUGCCAGAACGCUCAUUCAAACACCAAGACGAUCAUUAUUGUCGUUCUCGUCGUCGUCGUGAUUGUCGUACUGGUCAUUGUCGUGGUUUGCUUCGUCAAAAGGUCACGACGAAAGCGCAGAGGCAGCCUGCCGUCUGCCGUCGAUAGAGGGCGUGGACAGGAGCUCAUUCAAAAGAAAUUGUCGAAUAUUUAUUGGAUUGACACUCAUCAAGCAUCGACCUCGGAGUUCAAUGGUCCAUCCAAGGAGUUCCCGCGGGACAAACUGCACAUCCUCGGCCAGUUAGGCAGCGGCUCGUUUGCUGUGGUCUACAAGGCCGAGGCAGAGGGAAUCACCCGUAGGGGAACCAAUACGACGGUGGCUGUGAAAAUGUUGAAAGAAUUUGCUACACCAAACGAUCAGAGUGAUUUCAAGAAAGAGUUGCAAAUGUACUCCAUGAUGGACCAGCACCCCAAUGUCCUGUCUAUGCUCGGAUACUGCACUGAUAAAGACCCAAUGUACAUAAUCCUGGAGUACGUUCCCCAUGGAGACCUGCAGACCUACCUGCGACACAUUCGGACGGGCACCGAACCCUUCUACCUGAAGAAGGAAGAGUUCAAGGAGAAGAAGGACCUGACACCGACGGAGAUCCUGACUUUCGCAUCUCAGGUAGUCAGGGGGAUGGAGUAUCUAGCAUCGAAACAGUGUAUCCACAGGGACUUGGCGACCCGUAACAUCCUUCUUGGCGAGGGAUUGAUAUGCAAGGUGUCUGACUUUGGACUGGCUCGAGAAGUGGCCGAAAAAAGUCAAUACGAAAUGCAAUCACAGGGCAAGGUACCAGUUCGUUGGAUGGCUCCUGAGUCACUGCUUAGUAAUAUGUACACGAGCAAGAGUGACGUAUGGUCUUUUGGUGUUCUUCUGUGGGAACUGGUAACGUUAGGAUCGCAUCCAUACCCUGGCAUGUCAUCACAGGAGGUCAUCAAUGAACUAAAAAAGGGCUACAGACUACCCAAACCAGAGCAUUGUGGCGACGACAUUUACCAGAUAAUGAUGGACUGCUGGCAGGAGAAACCUGAAGACAGGCCUGAUUUCGCUGGUCUUCACACCACCAUAGACGACAUCCUUGCAGAUGCAGCGGGUUAUCUCGAGAUGGGAAAUCUUAACCCAGACGAUUACGUGUACCUGAAACCUGGCCAAGGUUCGAGAAGCACCACUCACUCACCCACUCGUUCGCCCACAGGCAGCAUCGAGUCGGGCUGAGUGGUUGCGUGCAUUCACUACAAGCGUCACAGCGGUGUAAAACUUUGAAAGGAUCGCUUGUUCAGUGUAAAUUGCCCUAGGGCAAGUUAGAGCGAGCAUUUUCGUUUACCAUAGUUCAACUCUCUUUAUCCGAUAUAGCCCAGGCAUGAAGUAGUUGAACUACUAGAGCUAUUGACAAUCCGACCCCGGAGCUUGUUCUCGCGCUAGUUCUGAUCUCUACGCUAUAUGUACAUAGCAGCCGACAUCUGUCAAGUUGCAGGACCAAUUAAAUUGCAGAGUGUAUCAAGUGAUUAUUAAGCUUUAGACAACAAUUUAUAGGAAGGGAGAAGCUCAUAAAGUGUAUUGUCUUAGCAGAGCAC